UCAGAACAGCCUUUCUCCCCAUUCCCGGUUUUCCAUCGAGCUCCGGCGCCUGGCACGGAAUGCACAGUCUUGUAAACCUCUGGAGGGCUCGGAGCCGUUAAAUGUGUGUGCAGUUGAGUUGCGUGCCGCGCUGGAAACCUCCUGUAGGUCUCCCCGGAGCCGCCUGCCUUUCGGGAGAGCAUGUUCAGGCUGACUUAGAGCUCGGCUCGCUGGGGAGCGAUGUCAGUGGGCUGGGAGCCGAGCGUUUGCACCGGAACGCGGCGCCUGACGGCCGGGGGGACGGCGGAGCCCUGCCCUGAACUGCAAGCCCAGGGUUAGACGGACACCGAGUCCUCCUCCCGGAGCUAUGCUUUCCUUCUGUGGCACAUGCCAGAGCCCCGCUCUCCCAGCCCUGGUCCGGCCGCCAGCCCCACCUUUGCAACCGUCGCUGGACAUUAAACCGUUUCUUCCAUUUCCUCUUGACACAGCGGCCGCAGUGAACCUCUUCCCCAAUUUUAAUGCGAUGGACCCGAUUCAGAAAGCUGUAAUAAAUCAUACUUUCGGGGUUCCUCUUCCUCAUCGAAGAAAGCAGAUCAUUUCGUGCAACAUUUGCCAGUUGAGAUUUAAUUCUGAUAGCCAGGCUGCGGCCCACUACAAAGGCACGAAACAUGCCAAGAAGCUCAAAGCACUGGAAGCCAUGAAAAAUAAGCAGAAAUCUGUCACUGCCAAGGACAGCGCAAAGACUACCUUCACCUCCAUCACUACCAAUGCCAUCAAUUCCAGCUCUGACAAAACAGGUUACUCGACGCUCUCUGUUGUCUUGUCCCCCUCAUCCUUGUCGCGUGGGGGCUCCUUCCCUGGUCCGCAGCUGAUGUCCCUGCCACCCUGAUUCACGCCUGACCCACCUCUCU